UGCCCCGCCGUAGGGUUCAAUUGAACGGACCCAUCCCAAGUCCCCACCCAGCAGCGCAUCCCUUUACGACGACCGCCUGCACACGCCGCCGGCGAUGGCCGCCUCCGCCGACGACGUCGCCCCAUCAACGGCCUCCGCCUACCUCGACCCCUCCUACUGGGACGCGCGGUUCGGGAAGGAGGAGCACUACGAGUGGUUCAAGGACUUCUCCCACUUCCGCCACCUCCUCGCGCCGCUCCUCUCCCCGUCCCUCUCGGUCCUCGAGGUCGGGUGCGGCAACUCGCGGCUUGGGGAGGAGCUCCUGCGGGAGGGCGUCGCCGGCGGCGUCACCUGCGUCGAUCUGUCCCCCGUCGCCGUCCAGCGGAUGCGCGACCGCCUCGCCACUCAGGGCACCAAAGGCGUGGAUGUUGUGGUGGCCGACAUGCUUGAUCUGCCGUUUGAGCAGGAGAGCUUUGACCUCGUCAUCGAGAAGGGCACCAUGGACGUGUUGUUUGUGGACAGUGGCGAUCCAUGGGACCCCAAUCCUACAACAGUGGAUAACGUGAUGAAAAUGCUUAAAUGUAUCCACAGGGUUUUGAAGCCAGAAGGCGUCUUUGUAUCAAUUACCUUUGGGCAGCCACACUUUCGACGGCGAUUUUUUGAAGCUCCUGAGUUUACAUGGUCUGUUGAGUACAGUACCUUUGGUGAUGGCUUCCAUUAUUUCUUCUACACUCUUAAGAAGGGCAAGAGGUCACCGGAGUCCAGCAGUUACCAAAAUACAUUACCUGCUGCUCCAAAACUAAAUAUGGUCCACGAAGAGCUCGAGAACGAGGACUUCAUAUUCCUCACAAACCUUGAUUAGCUAUGAGUGGCAGCUUAACAAGCAACUGAGCUAACACAUCAAAAGGGAGACCAGUUCAGUGUUUGUGAUCCUGCAGUGAUGUUUUAUUUUUCCUGGGCGGCAAAUGGGAAUGAUGCCUGUAAAAUGUGUGAUUUAGGAUAGGAUUACAUUUUAGGCCUUGUUCUUUAGUAGUGCUAUAAUAUAAUACUGCAGGCCAUAGAUCAAUCUGUGAUCUGUUUUAAACAUUAGUAGUUUCCAUUUGAAAUAUACUCUUUCGACUUUCUAAACAUAUGGAAUGAAAUUGUAUUAUUUCUACUGUUA